UUUUCUGGUCUCGCUCCAAAGUCCAAACAAAAGAAGAAGAAGGAAAAUUACGUGCCUGGCAGCUGUCAGUUUCAAAGGCUUCGCAGUUCUGCUAGUACGCCAUUUUGGAUGGGCUGUUAAUGGACUUGUUCGAGUCUAUAUUUUUAUAGCAGCUUGUGAUUCUCGGCGGUACCGCUCGGCGAUUUUGCAGUGUGCUGGGUCGGGUCGAGUUCCUGGCGGCUGGCGAGACCUUGUCCUGGUCCUGGUUCGAAGGGACUUUUUAAACUUGCCAAAUGGAUACCUUACGUUCAAUGAGGCCCUCCGCACACGCCUUGGCCCUUUUAAUAGUGCUGGGAUGCUUCCUGAAACUAAGUGCUGCAGCAAACUCAGUAGUGGCUAAUACUGACCAUGAAAAUUAUAAGACUAUGGAAUAUAAUAAACAACUGGUCCUUCAGUGUAAUGUCUCCAAUGCGGAGUCUGCCAACCAGUUUGUUAUGACAUGGCUGAAGGAAGGCAAGCCAGUUGUCCCAGAUGAUAAAAUAAAGAUCAUUGAAUCUGAGAACAAACUAGUAAUUUCAAAGGCUUCUGAAGAGCACUAUGGAAACUACACCUGUCAAGCUGUCAACAAGAAGACCAAUGCCACUGAGAAUGUCAUGAAGAAGUCCAUUCAUGUGAUAAUGGGGCCCGUGAUUACGAUGCCUUCGGACACACCUGUCGUUGAGGGCGAGCGCUUGAGGCUCCACUGCAGCGUCAAGGGCUACCCCACACCUCUUGUUGACUGGAGUGUUGAUGGAAAGGUGGUGAACAUAUCAGAUAGCCGUAUCAAGUUUGAAGAUGACAGGGAUGUCCGCAAGGCCUACCUCUUGAUUGAGAAUGUUCAAAUGAGUGACAGGCACAGCUACAAAUGCAAAGCAUCGAACAUCGCUAAUCAAGACAACACAGGCGCUGAGGCUGCAACCUUUGUCCGAGUGAAAGAUAAGCUCGCUGCCCUUUGGCCUUUCUUGGGAAUCUGUGCUGAAGUUGCCAUUCUCUGCACCAUCAUCCUCAUCUAUGAAAAGAAGCGUAACAAGGCGGAGCUGGAUGAGAGCGACACUGACCAGAGCCCCGAGCAGAAGAACACACCAGACCACGGCAAGGACGUGAGGCAAAGGAAGUAAAUGAAGCCCGUGAUUCACAGCAGUUGAAGAGCUGUCCAAGAAUUUUAAAAUGCCGGAGGAGAAACGAACAUAUGAAGUUAGACAUUUAUUUUACCAGGAUGAUUUUAAAUCCCAACAGUAGACAGACAGAGGAUGUGGAGCAUGACGUUUUUUGUGAUGUGUUGCUGUCUAUUGUUCAUGAAAAGGUUACCUAGUGCAUUACAUAGUGGUACUUCACAAUAUUCAAGGAUGUUGUAAAAUGUGAGGGACUUGGUUAGCCUUUUCAGUGGAGGUAUAGCUUUGACUCAGUUGGUUCUAAGAAGUUAUAUUUUUUCAAUGGUCACCAUCAAAAGUUAUUCAUUUGUUGUUAAUGCCAUUUAACAAAUGAACAUUUUCAUUUGCACAGGGAUAAUUGUAUUAUUGAUCUUGACUGUAAUACUGAUACACAUAAUAUCGCAAAUUGUGUGGAGUACAAUUUGUGAGCACAUAGAAGUCUAGUACUUAGUAAUUUUGCCUCAUGCUACAACAACUAAAGCUGAUUUCGUGAUUUGUGUUACAAUGAAACCAUUAGUGGGAACAGGUUGUUUAUUCUGUAACCAUUCAGGGUCCCAUUUUGCAUUGGUUUCAACAUCUUUUUUUAAACUGUUUUUCCAAACCUAAGUUCAUACAGAGUUUUAUUUAUCGUUGUCAUGCAGGCAGUGUCAAUAAUUAGUGUAGAUAAGACCUUGCUUUUGUGAUUUAUUUUUUAAUUAAAAACAUGUUUGUAUGUGAUUUUACAUUUGUUUCAGAAUAGUGUAUGGCUAUUAAAGUUAAGCACUUUAUUGUUAUUCAUGUUUCAUACUUUUAAAGCAUCCUAUUUUGUUUGGCAAAUUAACAUUACUCAUUAAAAGAAAUUAAGAACAUACGUAGCAUUGCGUUUGCUAGCUGUUCAAUCACUUCUCUUUUUUUCUUCUUUUUUUUCAGAGAGUAUAUAUCUUAUUGUAGUGUCACAUCUAGUUGGAGUUAUGAACAUACUGUAAAUAGACUAUAUUACUUGUAUAUAACUGUGAACCCUAAUUCCUUCUCCUCUGUUCCUUCUUUCAACAUUUCCACUUGAUCUAGUGUGUUAAAGCAUAGCACACAGACCUGUAUCAGGUUGGUCUUGCUGGUGUGUUUGCGAGUUGUAGUCAAAUAGUGAUAAAUUUUAUCUGAUUUCAUCAUCUUAUUUAUAUGAACUAGUGGUAUCUUGUUAUGGGAUUGGACUCUCAUUGUUAAAAUUUAGCUCUGAAGGUAAUUUUCAGGAGCUAUUUGUUGCAUCUUUUGACUACGUUUUAUCGGGUUCUCGUGCUUCCUUUUUCACCUAACAUUAUUUUCAGUGUCUUUACUGUGGAGUUAAAGUUUGGUCAUUCUAAAAAGUAAAAUAUGUAUUCUCCAUAAUAGCUAAUAAAAAUCAUGUUCACCUUCUUUCACAAUUUUGUUCAGUUUAGUCCUGAAGCUCUGUAGUGUACUUAAUAUGCAUUUGCGCAGGUUCUUGAGAUGCUUUUUUUAGGCUUAAGGUUUAAUGUGAGAGUACUCGACACUGCUGAAUGCAGCUACUUUAGCAUUGAUUACCACAUUGAUGGAGAGAACAAGCAGUUGAAUGUUUGAUAUGAACAGUUGUCCUUUAAUUGUAUGAGAAUCAUUGAUGCGCAUUUGGUUUUCAUAGCAGUAAUUUAUCAACUGCACUUUCUUAAUAUCUUUUGACAUUCAUCUGAUAUUGUUAUAUUUUUUACUAUUUAAAAUUUUACCUAAGUACUCAGCACUUGCCUUCAUCAAAUUGCUUGCAGGAAUACCUAAUACAUUUUCCCCAACAGUGGUGGUUGGAUACUGUGCUAUUUUGGACUGUGUGUGGUGUUCUGGCAUAGAUUUUUUUUUGCUGAAUCUUUCUGUGGGAAGCUAGUCUUUAGUUUCUAGUUGACAGUAUCAAUUUGUACAUUCGUUUUUACACUCUCCACAAAUUAAUACCUUAAAUAAAGACGCAAUUUUUUUCAUGUAUGCAUAGUUUUGACAGAAACCAUUCUUUGUACACAACUCAAUUAUUUUAAUUAGGAAGCGAAUUUCUUUUACUCUCUAAUAUUAUUGGCUUGUGAUGUCUUACAAUUCUGAUUAGGUUCAACCCAGUUUUAAUGGAAUGCAAACAUCCUAAUUUUUACUUUACUGGUGUGGUAAGGAGCGUGUUGGAACUUGAACGAUUUUUACUACAAGUGAUGUAAUCUUGAGCUUUGUUGACUCCAUCAAUCCCAUACGCUCCUAAAUUGUGACGGAAUGGUUUGACUUAAAACAACACGGUUCAAUUGCAAGUAUAAGUCAAAGAAUUGGGGAUUGAUGAUGUUCAUGUACAAUGAUUGUACAAUGAAGCUUUGAGAUCAGGAAAUAGAUUUUAUUCUGAUCAAUUCAGCUCUUUUAACAGUCAAAAUUAUAAUCUAGAAGCUCUCAAAUCGAGUUUUUGUGAUCCAUACAAGAAUUCUUGAUACAUAUGUGUAAUUCUUGUGUAACAUUUCAUGAGGUAGUUCCUGAUCUCCUAUAUUACACUGCCUCUGUGAUCAUCAAAAUUUAUGUUGAAUCAUUGAAUUGUGUUGUUAAAGUUCUGGGUGACUGAAAUUUUAGCCUAGUUUAAGACAAUGGCCAAGAGCUUUCCCUGCUCUUCUCUGUUGAAUGUAACAUACUUGGGUUCCUUGAAUUAUGAAAACUAGUAAGGUGUUUGUAAUUCAAGGAAUGGCAGCAGUUAUUCACUCUGUUAAUGGUUCAAUAAAGUGUUACAAAGUAA